AUGGCUGAUAAUUUGGAUAAAUUUAUUGAAGAGUGCAAAGCCAAACUGGCGAAAGACAAAGCAGAAUUGGAAAGCGAUCCACCUUACAUGGAAAUGAAGGGAAAGUCAUCAGAGAAACUUUCUGAAAACAGUAAAAUAUUAAUCUCCAUGGCUAAGGAAAACAUUCCACCAAACAGUCAACAGACCAGGGGUUCCUUAGGACUUGAUUAUGGAUUGAGUUUACCACUUGGGGAAGACUAUGAACGGAAGAAACAUAAACUAAAAGAAGAAUUGCGGCAAGACUACAGACGCUAUCUUACUCAGGGUAUUACAGAAGCAAAGAGAAAGAAAAAUUUUCUGUCCACGAGUGAAACAGAUCCAUCUACUCUUGGAGUUUCUCUUCCUAUUGGUGACAGGUUAUCUGCCAAGGAAAGAUUGAAACUUGAACGCAACAAAGAAUACAAUCAAUUUCUCAGGGGUAAGGAAGAAUCUACUGAAAAGCUCAGACAGAUAGAAAAGAGUACUGAGCACAAAAGUCAAAGGAAUAAAAAACCUAUUAGUCAGGUUAAAUCUGAUUUACCUUCACAAAUACAAACAUCUUACCAAAAUUUAGAGGAUCCCAGGAGAGACGUCUUAACUCCUUCCGAGGCAUAUGAAGAACUUUUAAACCAAAGACGACUAGAAGAGGACAGAUACCGACACCUUGAUGAUGAAAUUGAAUUAAGGAAUAGAAGAAUCAUUAAAAAAAGGAAUGAAGAAGUGGACAUUUCCAAUAAAAAACAUCAAAGGUAUGCCAGCAAGGUGGACGUCCCAGAUAGAAGAUUUGACAGGUUUCAUGAGCAUCGUGUCUUGGACAGACGCUAUCAUAGACCAGACCAAGAUCCUGAAGUAAGUGAAGAAAUGGACGAGAGGUUUAGAUAUGAAAGUGAUUAUGAUAGAAGACCUUUGAGAGUAUAUACAAGUGACAGGAUGUACGGGAACAGACAAGGGAAUGUGCCUCCUAUGGCGUAUGGUGGUGAUGUCACAGACCAGUCAAACAUACGAAUUUCAUCUGCUGGAAAUACAAGUGCUCGAGACAAUGAAGCAUCCAGACCUACCCGAGAGAUCUGUAGUCCCUUUGCAGGGAUGCUCUUUGGAGGUGAAGAUCGAGAAGUUGUUCAGAGAAGGAAAGAAAAAUAUAGACAGGAACUGUUGGAACAAAUGGCUGAACAAAAGAACAACAAGAGACGAGAAAAAGAUUUGGAACUCCUGGUUGCAGCUUCUGGAGCCCAAGACCCUGAGAAGUCGCCUGAUAGACUAAAGCAGUUCAGUGUGGCACCAAGACACCUUGAAGAGAAGAUCCCACCUGAAAGACCCAGAGUAGCUUUCCAGACCCCUCUCCCUCCUUUAUCGACACCCCCUGCCCCACCCUUCCCACCGGUUCAGUCCAUCCCAUUGCAAAGUGAAGAUCUGCACAGUGGACUCAGCAGCACCCUUGGUGAAAUAGUGCCUUCCAGGAUUGUACCUCUGGCUCCACCACCCCUACUACCACCUUUGGCUACUAACUAUCGAACUCCUUAUGAUGAUGCAUACUAUUUUUAUGGAGCCAGGAAUACUAUGGAUCCUAGUCUUGCUUAUUAUGGUUCAGGAAUGAUGGGAGUGCAGCCUGCAACUCAUGUGAGUGCUCCUGUCACCCACCGGCCAGCACCGCCUCUUGUGAACACAGUUGGAGAGAAUGAGUUGAAAAUUACAUGUGAUCAAGCAAUGAACUUGGGAUUGUUUUUUGAAGAUAAACCAAAGCCUUCAAAGCAGUUACUUCAGUCUUACCAAGAAGCUUUGCAGCAGCAGAUUCGAGAAAGAGAAGAAAGAAGGAAGAAAGAACGUGAAGAAAAGGAAGAAUAUGAAGCUAAACUAGAGGCUGAGAUGAGAACUUACAACCCUUGGGGGAAAGGUGGAGGUGGUGCCCCUCUCAGGGACGCGGAGGGAAACCUGAUAACUGAUUUGAAUAGGAUGCACAGACAAAAUAUAGAUGCCUACCAUAACCCAGAUGCAAGACCACAUGAAGAUAAAAGGGCUGUUGUAUCACUAGAACAAAAUUUAGCCACUUCAAAUGCUGAGAACCUAGAAGAUUCUGCAAAUAAAAACUCAGGUCAUAUACAAACACAGAGCUCUCCUUUUGCUCGAGGAAAUGUAUUUGGUGAGCCUCCAACUGAACUUCAGAUUAGACAGCAAGAAUUAUACAAGAAUUUUCUUCGGUUUCAGAUUGAAGAGAAGAAACAAAGAGAGGAAGCAGAGCGUGAAAGGCUGAGGAUUGCAGAAGAAAAAGAAGAAAAACGGCUUGCAGAACAGAGAGCACGGAUCCAGCAAGAGUAUGAAGAGGAACAGGAAAAGAAAAGGGAGAAAGAGGAGGAGCAAAGACUGAAAAAUGAAGAGCUUAUUCGGUUAGCUGAAGAAAGACGAAAAGAAGCAGAAAAAAAGAAGAAAGAAGAAGAAGAAAAACAUAAACAACAACUUCAGCACUACUAUGAAAGAGAAAAUAUAAUUGGGGAAGAAACAAAGCGCUUGAGACAGCCUUCUCCUGUGGUUCCUGCUCUUCAGAACAAAAUUGCAAGCAAAGUCCAAAGACCUCCUUCAGUUGACAGCAUUAUAAAUUCCUAUAUUCAAGAACGUUCUGUGUCCCGGGCUCAGUCUCCGCCGGUACCUGCCAGGAAAAAUCAGCUCCGUGCAGAAGAGGAGAAAAAAAAUGUGAUUAUGGAAUUAUCGGAAAUGAGAAAACAGCUUCGUAGUGAAGAGCGGCGUCUACAGGGGCGGUUGCGACACUUGGACAGUGAUGAUGAAAUUCAUAUAAAGAAAAGAGAAAGGAACCCCAUGGAUGUAUUUGACAUGGCUCGACAUCGGUUGCAGGCUCCUGUCAGAAGACAGUCCCCGAAGGGCUUAGACCCUGCCACUCUUCAGAAUAUUUAUGACUUUAAUGAGCUGAAAGACAGAGAUUCAGAAACACGACUUGAUCUGAAACUUAUGUACCCGGAUCCUCCAAGAGAUCAUUACACCUUAGAGAUUCAGCAGCAAGCCCUGUUGAGAGCGCAGCAGAAGAGGCUGAACAGACUGAAAAUGCAGGAGAGUGCUGAAGUGGACCCGGAUGCCAUCCCAAACACUAAAACACGAGACCACGGAAUGCCCAGAGAUGACACUAAUGAUUUCUUGAAAAAUUCAUUAUUGGAAUCUGAUAGUGCUUUUAUUGGUGGCCUGGCAGUGGGCAAGAAGCUGCUUUGGUCCCUGAGGAUCCAGCUUUCUGCCCUGAUUAUGGAAGAGCCUGGCAGCAGCGGUCAAAACGUGUCUAUGGCCUCCCGACUACAACACAGUGGCACCAGCUGCCAUGGGAACCAGGUAGCAGUGGACCUGAGAACCUGGCUCCCUCAAACCAGCCACAUCCCCUACCAGGGUGGUGGCUGCCUGAUACCCAGGUGACCUGGACACAGCAGAAACACUGACCUCCCCCAGUCACCCAGGUGGUGACUGCCAUGAUCACAGCCCUGUCACCACCCAGAGGGGCAAGUACAGCAUGUAAGAGAAAAAAAUUUAUGCUGUAGCACUAUUUAUGGAAAAGUGACCUCUAAUUGUCAACCUACUGAAUUGAUAAAAUCAAAAUGGCACCUAAGAAAGAUAUUGCUAAUUCAAAUACGCCUGCACAGGAACAACCUCUCAGUCACAUGAACCACCAAGAAAUCAAAUUCUAAGUUCUGGAAGACUGAUCUGAGUGAUGGAGAAUUCACAGAAUCAGUCACAUGAAAUGUCAACAAGACACAAAAACACCUUAGAAGGGCAGUUCUCAUUGAAUAAAAUUAAUGAUCAGCAGUACUUUAUCAUAGAAAUUGACACUUUCAAAAAAUUCUGCAGCUGAAGAAUUCAAUAAAAUAAGAUGAAGAAUGCAUUAGAAAGUAUUGGACAUAGAGGAGACCACAUGAAAGAGAAUUAGUGAGCUCAGGAUAAAAAUCUAGGAACAAUUCAGGUAGAAGAAGAACUAAGAAUUUUAAAAAAUGAAAGAACUCUACAAGAACUAGCGGACUCUAUUAGAAAGGACAACAAUAAGGAUAAUGAGUAUCUCAGGAGGAGAAGGGAGGGAGAAGGGAUCGGAAAGCCUACUCAAAAAAUAACGGACGAGAACUUCCCUAACUUAAGGAAGAACUGGACAUACAGGUACAAGAAGACAUUCUCCAACACAUUAUAUUGAAAAAGUUAACGAUAGAGAAUGUUGAAGGCAGUCAUGGAAAAAGACAAUACCUACAAAGGAAACCCCAUCAGGUUACCAGAUUUUUCAUCAGAAACCCAACAACUAGGAGACUGGAAUCAUAUAUUCAAAAUAUUGAAAGACAGAAACCACUAGCCAAGAAUAAUAUACCCAGUAAGACUACCCUUUAUAUAAAGGAGAAAUAAAGGAUUUAAACAAAAGCUUGGGUAAUUUAUUCAUUAUAAAAAAUGUUAAAAGGAUCUUCACCUGAAACAAGAUGAAAGUGCACAAAACUUGGAGUAAGGUGAUGGAAGCAGAAAAGAGCAACUCUUUCAGAAUAGGGUGUUCGACAAUUGUAUAACAAAGGUUAAAAGGAGGCAAAAGCACUAAAAUAACUAUAGCUACUGUAGUUUGGUAAUGAACACACAGAUGGGCAUAAUUUGUGACAACAAAAAAGGAGAGGAGGAAAAAGAUGGAAUUUGUAUGAUGAAUGAAGGUUAAGAUGCUAAAGAUGAAAAAGGACUUUUUAUCCAUGAGACACUUGAUAUAAACCUCAUGGUAACCACACAAAUGCAGAGCUGAGACAUGAAACAUAGAAAUGGAGACAAACAGAAAACUACCAAACUACAAGAGCAGACAAAAACACAAGGAUAAAGGAACAAUGGUGAUACAGAACAAUGAGAAAACAAAAGAUACAAUGGCAGUAGUAAGUCCUUAUAUAUCAGUAAUCACCAUAAGUGUAAAUGGACUGAACUCUCCAGUCAAAAGACAGAGAUAGCUGGAUGGAUU